AUGAGAACUAUUGAAAAGUCCGUUAGAAUUGCUCACUCACAAGGAAAGAAUUGGAAAACGGAACUUUAUCGGUUUCUCCUAGAUUACCGUACAACACCACAUGUUACUACAGGAAUUGCACCGACAGAUCUACUCUUCAACCGACAAGUACGCAACAGACUUCCAGAUAGCAACGCAGUGAUCCCAGAAGGAAAAAGGAGAAAUCCGGAAAAAAUAUCAUCGGCAAAGACAAGUCGUGAAGCUGUACUUCAACGCGAGAAAAGAAAAAUCAAGGAUCGGGCAGAUAUACGAAACCGAGCGAAAGAACUGCAAUUCCGUGUCGGGGAUUUGGUAUUGUUGAAACAAAGUCAAAGAAAUAAGUUAUACCUACCUUGGGACCCAUUACCAUAUCGCGUAACAAAGAUAAAAGGAUCUCAAAUCACAGCAAAACGCCGAGGAGUGAUGGUCACACGAAAUUCGUCACAUUUCAAGCGUGUAAUUCCUUAUAUGCAAGAAGUAGACGAUCCAUAUUCAAACAGUAGCGAAGAAGAAGAAGACGGAGAAGGGGCAGUCCAGCAACAACAGGAUGAUUCAGGAAAUGAGAUUGAAAGUGAUUUAUCAGACGAAGAUACUGACAACGCAGAGCAAGACCAGCCAUUAAGUCGAUAUCCAAGAAGAGGAAAUCGAGGCAUUCCACCACAAUAUUAUGAAGAAGAAAUCGGUUGA